AUGUUUCAUCUCGGUAAAACAGUUCAAUUAUCAACAGCAACAGCUGUUCGAAGCUUUCAUACAUCCAAAGCAGUAUUUCUCUUUGGCAGUGGUGUGAUUAAAGAAGGAGCUACAUUACCUAAUCAUACACUCUUUGAGAAUGAACCGAAAAAUAAAGUGAAUACAAAAGAUCUGUUCGCCGGAAAAAAAGGACUUCUCUUCGGCGUACCUGGUGCAUUCACUCCUGGUUGUUCCAAGACACAUCUGCCUGGCUAUGUCAAUGCAGCCAGUGAUUUUAAGAAACUUGGUUAUGAUACAAUUGUUUGCGUGACUGUGAACGAUCCAUUUGUAUGUCAAGCUUGGGCAAAAGAACAUAAAGCCGAAGGAAAAGUUCGAGUGCUGGCAGAUCCUGAUGCAAAAUUCACAAAGGCUCUUGGACUUGAAAAGGAUAUGACUGCUGUAUUAGGCAAUGUUCGAUCAUCUCGAUAUGCGAUGGUUGUCGAUGACAACAAAGUAAAGAAAGUAUUUGUUGAACCUGAUGGCACAGGUUUAACAUGUUCGUUGUCAAACAGCGUGCUUGAUGCAAUCAAGAAAGGUGACUUGGCAAAAUGA